AUGCCUCUGAAGCAGCGGUUUCCUCUCCAGCAGCAGCAGCAGCAGCAGCAGCAGCAGCAGCAGCAGACGCAGCAGCAGACGCAGCAGCGGGGGAUUCUACCUCAGCAGCAGGAGUUGCUGAUUCGUCUGCAGCAGCAGAAGCAGCAGCAGCAGCAGCAUCUGAUUCUGCUGCAGCAGGGGAUAGAGGACCACGCCGAGCUGUCUAUACAGCCCGUUCUGUAUUAA